AAUCAGUAUUUUUCUAAAAAAUAAAAAAAAAUCUAGUAACAUAUGCACAGAAUUAUAGAGAACUGACACCUCUGUAUGAGAAAUCAAACUUGUUUGUGAUGCACAUGCAAUAUCUCGACACCUAGGAGAUGCAGAAAGCGAAAUACAUAAGGCGCAGCGAUAGACAAAAACGUGUGGGCGAGAGCUUUGUUAAAUUUCCUAUGCAGUGGCUGUUGGACCACUUCCUAUGUGUCAGCCUCAGCUUAAUUAUGACACUCAAACUAAAACCUUGUGAUGCUGCACAGAGUCUCUGAACUAUGUUUUGAUGAGCUGUGAUGAUGGUUUGACUGGAGAAGGAAUCUUUGAUUUGCUUCAUUCUGCCUUCGUUUAUGCAAAGACAUGACUUCAUCACCUCGAAACGCGUUCAUUUGUGUAUUUUUUCUGACUUACUGGAACGCAAGCAUUUUCCCAGGAAAUGCUGCAGCACAUCAGCGUCGAUCCUGGCUGGGAUGUCGAGUUCUGAUACAUUGUCAGGGUCACAGUGCUGACUCGGGCUCUUUCAAAUGGUUUUACAAGGAGGACAAGCACAGUAAGGAAAUCCAGCUAUUCUUUCAGAAUAAGAAUGGAAUAAAACACUAUGAUGUCAGUCGUCCAAAAGUAGACGUUAUGGCAAAUCGUUCUCUGGUUAUAAAUAAUUUUACUGACAAAGAUCAGGGCGACUACUGGUGUGAAAACUGCUCUCAAGAAACCUGUAGCAGGGAACCAUCCAGCUUCAUCACUAUGCAGAAAGAAAUUAUGGAUGAAAUGCAAGAGAUAUUUUACAUUCUUUCCGGCAGCAGUUUCACCCGCUCAUGCCCAGGUGAAUUUGCUAACUUAAAAUGGACAUUUGAAGCCAGUAAUGCAACCCAAAGGGAAUUAGAACUAAGAUCAGAAAUGGUUACUGUUACUACCAACAAGACCUUAUAUAUUGGAUCUGUAAAAAAUACUAAUGCUGGGAAAUACACCUGUUGGGUGAAUAGAUGUGGUGGUCCGAAUCAGAAACAGCUCACAAUCAACUUAUGCGUCGUCACAGUUUCCCGCAAAGAGCAUUCUAUUUUCUCUUGUGCUGUGACAUGCGAUGUGGGAUUAAAAAAAAAUUUGAGUCUUCUGAUGAGCAAUCAAACAAUAUCAGUGGACAUAGAUCCAUCCGGGUCCUUAAUCUGUAAUUCAACUGAGAUCUUGGAUGGGCAGCCUAUACCAACUACGAACAGCUACACAGUGUCAGCUGCUUUAAACACAACAAUGGGUGUUUUUGAGAAGACUGAAUCUUUGAUGCCAAUUAUUUAUGGAGUAGUAGCUGCCUUUACAUUUUUUAUUUUACUUGCAAUAUUAACUUUCUGUUUGAAAUCAAGAGUACAGGCUGCAUUUCCUUUUCAUCUUUCAUGUUGUGGCUUCACUCAUGAGGCGGAAGAGGAGUCCACAGUAAUUUAUUCAUCUGUUAUCAUCAGGACACCAGCAAAAACAAGAAGUCAACACACAGUUCCUGAAAGCUGUAUUUACAGUGAAUUACAGUGUAGAGGAAAUACUAUUUAGUGUCGAUAGAAGUCAACACUAAAUGGAACUUUUGGUGAUCAUAAUUUCCACACUGUCAAUAGAUUUUGUAAUACAUUCCACGGCAGUGACUUGUGUUUCAUGACACGUUGAAAACAUCCACACACCCACAGGAAGUUUUUCAUCUAGUUUUUGAACUACUGAAGAGAAAUGAUGUCAUCUAUUUAUGAUUUUACAAUUAUCUUGAAUCAAGGAAACAUAAGCUGCUCUGUUUGGCUUAUGUUAGUCAUAAAUAAUUCUGAGCCAUUUUCCAACCAAAAAUUAUGUGUCAGUUAAUAUAGAAGUCUAAUUUUGAAUUGUGUUUCAAUGUCAUCAUAUAGAUAAGUGGUUGAACAAUUUUCUAGAAUUAUCUAAAUCUUAUUUCCAAUAAAAGGUAUCCCUUUUUUACUCACAUAGAUAUCAAUCCUCAAAGUUUUUAUAAUUUUACAUCAUCCAUUCAUGCUACCUUGUAUUAUUAUUAUUAUUAUUAUUAUUAUUAUUAUUAUUGUUGUUGUUGUUGUUGUUGUAGAAUAAGUAUAAUUUAAAUUAUUAACAUUUUGCUACACUUAGAAGACUUUUGAUAUUUUGGUUUUAAUUUUAAAAGGCCACUUUUCUACAUGACAAAAUUGCAACAAUGGAUUUAUGUCACUGCAAAAGAAAUAUAAAGGAA